AUGCUAACAUACACCUUGUUAUAUGGUAGUGCAUUGCGGAUCGUUUCCGAGAGAGCAACGAAAGGCCCCACCCGAGAUUUGCUGCUUGAAGACUUAUCGAGCGGAGAUCCCACCCGCAGGCACAAAGCCCUGAACGCGCUGCACUUUCUGGUUUCGAGUAGGCCCCAGGAGCAUAUAGAAGAGAAUAGUACAACGAUAUCCCCAAUAUUGCCGAAGACCAGGCCAUUGGGAGAAAACAAAGCGCUGGCCACACUCUGUGCCCUCUUACCAGAUAAUGUAACCGUGGCUUUGGAAGCUGGGGUUAUAAAUCGGUGGCUUGCGAAAUACCCGUUUCCAUGCAAGGCUGAACCGGAAAAAAACAAUGUAGUCGUUUAUAUGAGGAUUUGGUCUGCAGACGAUCCCCUUAUGAGCUCGAUUGUUGGCACUCUGGCUACCCAUCGUGAAGGGGUGAGACAGCUCCGAAGACAUGGCUUGAUGGGGAGCAGGAUGGAAGAACAUAAGCACGAUAUAUUCGUUCCCCGAAAUGAACACUACGAGGCCCUUUUUCCUAUCAACCGUAAUCCGGAAAGGGAUGAAGACUCCGAUAGCGAUAUUUGGAUGUUAAAUGGAGAAGAUACAGCUGGUGCUCAACCCUGGACCUGGGAGCGCCCGCAAAUGGGUCCCACGACAGACCAAGCAUUGCGGCGUCGCAGAAGAGAGGCCAUGGUUUUUAGCGAGGGCGGUGGGCCUCUAGACCGUGGUAAUAUCAUAGAGCCACGAGAAUACGGCAAUUUUGGAAAUAGACUUGCUGAUGAUGAUCUCGAUGUUUCGGCUGCCGCUCUAAUGUCAUACCCAAUGGGGCCUAACUAA